AUCAAAACGAGCUUUCUUUUCAGUUAGUUCAUGUAAAGGCUUCGCAAUCUUUCCAAAAUCCUUGACAAACCGGCGGUAGUGACUGCAGAGUCCCAGAAAGCUUCUAACUUCAUGUUUAUUCUUUGGUCUGGGCCAAUCUCGCACAGCUUGGACUUUAUCUGGAGACAGAUUCCUUUUGAUGAGACGACAUUGCCGAGGAAGUUUACUUGUUCCUGGAAUAGGACACACUUCUUAGGAUUUAGUUGCAGAUUGGCACUUCGAAUCCUGGCAAAAACUUCCUUCUAAUUCGACAGGUGUUCGUCGAAAUCUUUGCCAAUCACCAUAACAUCAUCCAAAUAUACCAUGUACGUUUCCCAAGUCAGUCCUCGCAAAACUAACUCUAUCAGUCUUCCAAAAGUGGCAGGUGCAUUGCAUAAUCCAAACGGCAUGACGCUAAAUUGAUAUAGGCCGUUUGCUGCAGUAAAUGCGAUCUUCUCUUUAUCCUCUUUAUUGAGUUCCACCUGCCGAUAUCUACUUUUCAAGUCCAGGGUUGAAAACCACUUGGAUCCUGAUAGGGUUUCGUCAAUCCCGGGUAAUGGAUAGCUGUCUUUCUUCGUAACGUCAUUCAACCUUCUAUAAUCCACACAAAACCUGGUAGAACCAUCCUUUUUCGUAACUAGUAUGACCGGCGAUGACCAUGGACUAUUAGAUUCUUCUAUGAUGUUGUCCUUCAGCAUUUCCUUAAGCAUAAUGUUAACUUGCUGUUGCUUUGCGAAAGGGAGUCUUCGUGGUGGUUGGUGAAUGGGUGUAGCACUUCCUGUGUUGAUGCGAUGAUCUACCAAAUUAGUUCUUCCAGUAAUUUUAUCUUGCACAAAAACACCAGCCUUGUUCUGCACAAAGUCAAUAGCUUUCAUCUUUUCUUGCUGGCCUAAGUGAUUCCAGCACUUUUCAAACUUCUCCAGAAGCUCUAUUGAUGAAUGUGCUUCAUUUGACACAUGCUCCUUCUUUGCGCAUCUGACUACUCGUAUAGCUGGUGUACAUCUGCCAAUGACGUCUCCUUUCUUCAAUGUCACACGGUUUGUUGUUAGAUUGGUCACUCUCACUGGAAAAAACAUUGUUGGAAUUCACUAAGCAAUAUGCCACAAGUGUUCCAUUCUGCAUGUUUUCUGUUGGUGUUAAUGGUGUUCACGCCUUCUAGCUGUUUUUGUAGGUGUGCCCGUACAUUCGACUCACUAUUCCCAGGAAUUCGUGUAUCUUCAUCAGCGAUUAUUCUAAUUUGACAAUCCUUAUUUGACGGUGAUGAGAAGAGUAUUUCUUCGUUGCCCGCUCUCAACUAUCACUUCUACUUCAAGUUCGGUGCUGCCUAUUCCCAAUGUCCAAUGUCACGGUGGUCUCUUUAAAAACAUUUAUCAAAUCUCCCUUAGCUAUUUCUAGCAGUGGUUUAUUUUUCAACAUCAUUACAGAGUCGGUCCUGUUCUUCUUGUUUUUCUUUUGCUCUCUUCUCGUCCGCAAGUGUCAACAAAGCGGGUACCUGGUUUAGCUGUUCUGCCAUUUCGAUAGUCUGUUUUCUCGUAUUUACCAUAAAUGCAAAUUUCUUCACUCACUUAUCCCACUUCUGACACCAAUUGUUACUUUCACGGGUUCGCAGAUAGAGAGACUACUUUUUCGAACUUUAAGAGGGGCGUUUAAAUAAAAUGUCAUUUACAGACCUUCACUAAUUCCUGUUCAAUUCCAAAUUUAGACCACUUUUCAGUGAAAUGAAGCUAUGUUCAUAACAAUAAUAUAUUGGAGUAGAAGUUCAAGCAUUUUUGGUUGCAAAAUACCCAUUCUAAAUAGUAAAAUUAUUACCAUUUUGUUGACAACAAUAUGCAAAUUUUGGUCACUGAUUUAAAUGAAAAAGGGAUAAACAUAUAGAGUAGCACACCAACAAUGAAUGUCCAAAAUUUCGGAUAAUAAAAUGCUGGAAAAAAUGAAUAGAACAGAAUUUUCGAAAAUUAUAAUUUUUGUAUCACAAAAUUACUCAAAAUUUGUCAAACAACGAGGUGAUUGCUGUCAUUUUCAGCAAAGACUCAAACCAAACGUUUGUUCAGCGCUUCUCUAAAAGAUGUCGCUGAGUUCGGGAAGCAUAAUAACUUCUUCCAAACGCCAGUAAAAACUGUUUAACCUAGCUAAUAAUGUGAAAUACUAUUAUUUAAUUUGUAUCUGAAUAAAAUUAUUUAGUCCACUGUAAAUUACUGUGUAAACGAAUUGAUAUUGAAGAUGUCGCCAUCUACUUGUAAAUUAGUCAAUCACUUACAGAGAAUUUGAACACCUGUGAUUAAAAAAUAUUUAAUGUAUGUCAUAAAGCCCAAAAGAUGGCGUGCUGGCUCUUAUCUGACGCCCCUCUUAACGAAUUUUAAUAAACACAAUAACAUAAAAAUCACACGAAAUUUAACACUACUUUACACUCCAAACUACUCCAAAUAAAUCUUAUACGGCACGAUAAUUUCCGAACGUGUUUAUUUAGUUCCUGACUUUACAGUUUACUGCACUUGUCGUACGUCAAUCAUAACUGAUCUUUACGCGGUGCGCACCGAGGCUUUUAUAGUUAUGUGCGUCCUUCUCUAACACGCUCGAAUUUUCGUGAUUUAGUUCAUCUUGAAAAUAGUCGAAUUUUCUGGCUUCUUUAACUAUAGUUACAGUGGACAAUCAAAAAGUACGAGUGGCGGGUUUAUAACAAUAUCAUAGAGACGACAACAGGAACGAUUCGAACAAUGUAAUUUUGGCGAAAGUUGGUGAAUUCGUUAUGAUGUUGAGUGGUAUUUCCUUUGGCGCUCAAACAUCAUUUGGUCAUUACCGAUCACCACGCAUCACGGAACACCCAUCCGAUAUAAUAGUGGCCAAAAAUGAACCAGUGACUCUGAAUUGCAAAGCCGAAGGCAAACCAGAUCCUGACAUCGAAUGGUAUAAGGAUGGAGAACUUGUUAAAACUUCUCCCACUGAUAACAAGUCGCAUCGCGUCCUAUUGCCAACAGGAUCCUUGUUUUUUCUAAGGACUAUGAACAGCAAAAAGGAACAGGACGCGGGAGUUUAUUGGUGUGUCGCUAAAAAUCUAGCUGGAACGGCUACUAGUAGAAAUGCUACUUUACAAGUUGCAGUUUUGCGUGACGAAUUCAAAGCAGUCCCAACCGACACAAAAGUAGCUGCUGGAGAAACAGCCCUAUUGCAAUGUGGAGCACCAAGAGGUUACCCCGAACCAACCCUCAUAUGGAAAAAAGAUGGUAUCGAAAUGGAUAUCGACGGAAGAAGAAUACGAGUAAUGGAUGGCGGUAAUUUGAUGAUAGCCGACGUGAGGCAACACGACGAAGGAAAGUACCAAUGCGUCGCACAUAACUUGGUCGGAUCUAGAGAGACGCCAGAAGCAACUUUGAGAGUUUACGUUAAACCAUUUUUCAACAAAGAACCUCAAGACAUUGAAGCAUUAGCUGGUCAAAGAGUGAUAUUCAAAUGCUUAGCAGACGGCGAUCCUCCGCCAAACGUCAUCUGGAGACGAGACGAUGGUAAAAUGCCUCUAGGAAGAGUUUCCGUACUAGAAGACAAAGCUUUACAAAUUGAAAACGUGCAAACUGGUGACGAAGGACUUUACAUUUGCAACGCUGACAAUAUCGUUGGAAUGAUAUCUGCCAAAGCUUCAUUGGUAGUCAACUCUCCACCUGUUUUCGUCGAACGACCCAAGGAUCAAAAAGCAUCACUCAACGGAGUCGUGGAAUUUCAUUGUUCGGCAACUGGCAAUCCCAAACCUUCAGUAUUUUGGAGCAAGGAAGGGUCGCAGAUAUUGAUGUUCAGUGAUAACUCGAAUGGUCACAUGCACGUCAAUGCCCAUGGAACUUUAAGAAUCCAAGGAGUUCAAAGAGAAGAUGCAGGAUGGCUGGUGUGCAACGCCCUUAGCGUAGCUGGUUCCAGUAGCGUACGAGCAUUUCUACAGGUAACCUCAGUAGCUGACCUACCGCCACCCAUAAUUCAAAUUGGACCAGCAAACCAAACUUUGCCGCUACAAAGUGACGUGAUGUUACAUUGCAAAGCAUCUAAUCCAGAGGGUGAUCCGCCAGUAAUCCGAUGGCUAAGAGACGGAAAACAGCUUUCACAGGACAAUUUACCGAAACGUUAUACUUUGAAACAGAAUGGAACCUUAUUUAUUGAUGAUUUAAAGCUAGAUGAUUCAGCACUGUACACUUGCUCAGCGGUCUCAGAAAGUGGAGAAAGUGCCUGGUCAGCUUCACUAAAUGUCGUUGAAGGGAGCGCUAUUCCAUUACAUCGAAGUCCGGAACCUUCUACCUUUCCAGCGGCUCCUUCAGCACCAACAGUACUUAACGCCACAGAAUCCAGUAUCAGCCUCUCCUGGGAAGGGGGCGAAAGUGAUUCCACUCUGGUAGGCUACACAGUUGAAUAUUGGAGCCCAGAUUUGCAAACUGGCUGGGUGAUAGCUGCUCAUAGAGUACAAACCCCUUUUAUGAUUGUUAAAGAGCUCAAACCAGAUAGCUCUUAUGUUUUUAUUGUUCGUGCUGAAAAUGCUCACGGUCUCUCGCCAGCAAGUAAAGUGUCAGCAACAGCUCGUACUUUAGCCAACUCGCGUACGUUGCCAAAUUCCGAGCUGGAUACAGCCAGGGCAGCUUUAAGUACUAAGCUUAUUGAACUGCAAGAUGCCAGAUCUCAAAGCUCUAGUUCGGUUCGAUUAUAUUGGUUAUUGACUUCAGUGGAUUAUGUUGAAGGAUUUUAUAUUAGAUUCCGAGAACUCUCUGGCGGUUCGCACAACUACAACAUUUUAACAGUCUUGAACAUCGAAACUACGUUUUACACUGUUACAAAUCUUAAAAAGUUCACCAAAUAUGAGUUUUUUAUUUCGCCCUUCUAUAAAUCUGUUGAAGGACAACCGUCGAAUUCUCGAAUAGCUCAGACAAUGGAAGAUAUUCCUUCAGCACCUCCAGAUACUAUACUAGCUGGUAUCCUCAACAAUACCGCUGGUUGGGUACGUUGGUCGCCUCCGCCACCUCAACACUGUAACGGAGUAAUUACCGGCUACAAAAUCCAAAUUAAAGGUGAAUUUACUCAAACGAUUUCCAUGAACGCUACGACUACCUCAAUUCUUAUCAGCAACUUAACUUCUGGAACUGCUUAUACUGCACGAGUAGCCGCCACAACUAGUGCUGGACAAGGUCCAUAUUCAACUCCAAUGCCUCUACUAACUUCUCGUGCUCAAAGUCCUAGAACGUUAGGACCUCUAGUUCCACUAGUCCGCCAAACUUGGUUUGUUGUACUACUUGCUGUGAUAGUUUUAUUGCUACUAGUAGGAGCUGGUGGGCUGUUAUAUUUAAGAGGAAAAAGAUCCAUCACCAAAGAGCUGGGUCAUUUAGAUGUUCCUGUAGUAAAUGCUUCACAUUUGAGUGCCAAAGAAAGUUUGUGGAUUGAUAGAGGUUGGAAAGCUACUGACUGUGACAAAGACUCGUCAAUUCCUCUAGCUCAGCCCACCGACUACGCAGAAGUGGACACCAAAAACCUUUCCACGUUCUACAAUUGCAAAAAGAACCUAGACAGUCCUACUCCGUAUGCUACAACUAUGUUGCUGCCGCCUCCUAGUUGGUCAGAAAUUAUUCCUCCACCUCCAGAUCAUCCACCGCCGGAUUGUCCGAGAGAUGGACCUUGUCCUGCUGCUUCCAGAAGUGGUGGAAGUAGUACGUGCAGUAGUACUGGAGGGUAUGCUUGUUAUGCUGUGCACGUGCCAAAUCAAUGCAAUAAGGUAAUGCCUUUUCCAAGAACCCGUUCCUGUCACAGCUGUUCAGUGGCCAGUGGUAGUAGCAACGGACACCACUCAAAUGGCCAUCAUUCCAAUAAUGGUCAACAUUCUAAGGGAGGUCACGGUUCAGCCGGACCUGCCCAUUCAAAUAACUGUGAUAUCAAAGUCUGGUUCAACCAGCACGUAGCCAAUAAUUGGGACGAUAAAGGAGAGGAUGGAGACUGUGAAACUGAUAGACAUUCCUGUUCGAGCAGUCACGAUACUACGUGUUCUUGCAGCGAAUCGUCCUGCUUAUACGCUGAAGCCAUCAACACCAGCCAAGUGGCUCCUUACGCGAGCUGCUACGCAAAGCGACAACCCAAAUAGGACUGACCCUGUAUAUAUUGUGUGAGGACUGUAUUUUAAAAUAUAGUAAGCCAAGAUAAACUGUUCAACUUUGAAAAAAUAUAAAAAUGAAAUUAAUGUACUGUGUCCUAGCAGAUACUUAUGCCUAAUAGUUUUUCUUGGCACAAUACUAUAAGUCAAUAAUUAAUCGAAUAUUAUUUUCUAAAAAAAUGCAGGGAAAUCAGAUUAUGACAAAUCGUCCAUGCAAUAAUUAGAAUUUGUAACUAACUGACAAAAUUUUUCAAGUGCCAUAGAAGAAUUAUUUGACCCCAAAACAAUAUAUACAGGGUGACAAAGAAAUAACUUUUUUGAAAAACAUUUGUAAUUAUUGUGAAAAAGUACCUACAUCAUGUCUUACUUGGUGUGUAGAUUAAUACCUAUGACUUUCUGUACACAAAAUAUGUUUAGGUUCUUUAAAACAAUUAUCAGCAAAUAUGUAUGUAACUUUAAACUGACUGAAACUAUAUUAUAGACCAUAUAAACGAUAGCAAUACGAUAUCCAUAUUCUAGCAAAUCAUGCAUUGUAUAAGUGUAUGUCUGUUUUUAGUUCAAUAAUAAUUAAUACAAUACUUAUAUAGAAGCCUAUUUUACAUAAAAGGCCAAACUGUGACUACCAAAUAGUGUUCUAUAUUAUCAACAAACAUUAGCUGUUGACAUAUGGCAUGGAAUCCCUGAUAGAUUUUUAGGAUUUUCAAAUAUCUCUUUGAAAAAUGACAACCGUUAAAUAAAUAUGUAUAGGUAAUGUCCAGUGUAGCACAUAUAAAUAAUUAUAGUAGAUACAUUUUUCAGUUAGUCUUGUAUAUAGUACAGUGUAUAGAUGUAAAUAUUUGUUUUGUAAAUUUUGUAAAAUAUUUUGUAAUAGAUUUUUAGCAUUUUGCCUAUUAAAAUCGAACAAUCAUAUUCAUGUAGAUAUUUAUUAUUUGUUUCCUGUUUUUGUAAUUUAUGUUAAAUAAAACAAUUAAACUAUAA